AUGGCUCAAUCUGAGUCUAAAGGCCUUACAACCAAGAAAGUGGAUGGUAUAACUCUCUGUCUCAAGCCAAAGGCCCAAGCUCCCAGUAGACCACCAGUGCAAGUGCUUGAAUCCAGUGUUCAGAAAACUCAGAGUUCUGAUAUUCAAGGGCAGGAGAAGAAGGGAGUCCUGGCUCUAGAAUACCGGGAUGUGGACCUCCCUAGUGACUCAGACAUCACAAUGGAACCACUUUCAUUGGACAGUUGGGAGUUGCAUUACUACCCAUCUUUUGGCUCUCUGAGCAGCACCACGGCGGUUGGCAAGAACAAGCGCCUUACGAAAGGCGGCAAAAAGGGAGCCAAGAAGAAAGUGGUUGAUCCAUUUUCUAAGAAAGAUUGGUAUGAUGUGAAGGCACCUGCUAUGUUCAAUAUAAGAAAUAUUGGGAAAACACUAGUCACCAGGACUCAAGGAACAAAAAUUGCCUCCGACGGCCUCAAGGGUCAUGUGUUUGAAGUGAGCCUCGCUGAUCUGCAAAAUGAUGAAGUUGCAUUUAGAAAAUUCAAGCUGAUUACUGAAGAUGUUCAGGGCAAAAACUACCUGACUAAUUUUCAUGGCAUGGACCUUACCCAUGACAAAAUGUGUUCCACGGUUAAAAACUGGCAGACUAUGAUUGAAGCUCAUGUUGAUGUCAAGACUACCGAUGGUUAUUUGCUUCAUCUGUUCUGUGUUGGUUUUACUAAAAAACGCAACAAUCAGAUAUGGAAGACCUCUUAUGCUCAGCACCAACAGGUCCGCCAAAUCCAGAAGAAGAUGAUGGAAAUCAUGACCAGAGAGGUGCAGACAAAUGACUUGAGAGAAGUAGUCAAUAAAUUGAUUCCGGACAGCAUUGGAAAAGACAUAGAAAAGGCUUGUCAAUCUAUUUAUCCUCUCCAUGAUGUCUUUGUUAGAAAAGUAAAAAUGCUCAAGAAGCCCAAGUUUGAAUUGGGGAAAUUCAUGGAGCUUCAUGGUGAAGGUAGUAGCUCUGGAAAAGCUACUGGUGACGAGACAGGUGCUAAAGUUGAACGAGCUGGUGGAUAUGAACCACCAGUCCAAGAAUAUGUUUAAAAUUCAGACUUUUAAUGACAAAUAAAGAGUCCUACUUGUGAAAAAAAAAAAAAA